UUCCAAAUGCGGCAGCUUUUAACAGCAACAUGCUGGAUGAUGCUUCUUGGACCUAUAUAUGGUAGUCAAAAUGAAGGAAGCUCAACAAAUCCAGAAGCUAAUAUGAAUAUUAGCCAGAUUAUUUCCUACUGGGGUUAUCCCUAUGAAAAAUAUGACAUUGUGACAAAAGAUGGUUAUAUCCUCGGAAUUUACAGGAUUCCUCAUGGAAGAGCAUGUCCAAGAACAGCUGCAAAGCCUGCUGUGUAUCUGCAGCAUGGCUUAAUUGCAUCUGCCAGUAACUGGAUUUGCAACCUGCCCAACAACAGCUUGGCUUUCCUUCUGGCAGAUGCUGGUUAUGAUGUAUGGAUGGGGAACAGCCGGGGAAACAUCUGGUCCAGAAGACACGUGAAAUUGUCAACCACAUCACCAGAAUACUGGGCCUUCAGUUUGGAUGAGAUGGCUAAAUAUGACCUUCCAGCCACAAUCAAUUUUAUCAUAGAGAAAACUGGACAGGAGCGACUCUACUAUGUGGGCCACUCCCAAGGCACCACCACUGCUUUCAUAGCAUUCUCUACUAAUCCAGAGCUGGCUAAAAGGAUUAAGAUAUUUUUUGCAUUGGCUCCAGUCACCACUGUGAAAUACACCCAAACUCCUAUAAAAAAAUUAACAACUCUUUCCAGAAAAGUAAUCAAGAUGUUGUUUGGUGACAAGAUGUUCUAUCCUCACGUAUUUUUUGACCGAUUCAUUGCCACCAAGGUGUGCAACCGGAAGAUAUUUCAUCAUAUUUGCAGCAACUUUCUAUUUACUUGGAGUGGAUUUGACCCCAAAAACUUAAACAUGAGUCGCUUAGACGUUUAUUUGUCACAAAGCCCUGCGGGAACAUCUGUUCAGAAUAUGCUGCACUGGGCCCAGGCUGUUAAUUCUGGUCAGUUCCAAGCUUUUGAUUGGGGAAACCCUGAUCAGAACAUGAGGCACUUCCACCAGCGUACACCUCCCCUAUACAACGUUUCUAAGAUGGAAGUUCCAACAGCAGUGUGGAGCGGUGGACAGGACCCUGUGGCUGAUCUCAAAGAUGUUGAGAAUUUACUUCCUAAAAUUACCAGGCUUAUUUAUUUCAAGUUGAUUCCACACUACAAUCAUGUGGAUUUUUACCUUGGACAAGAUGCACCCUAUGAAGUUUACCAAGACCUAAUUAGAUUGAUGGAGGAAUGUUUGCAAAAUUAA